GGUUCGCUUCUUGACCGUUCUUCUGAAUAGCAUCAUCUUUCGCAUCGAAUCCAUCAGCCAGCGUACUUGCAUCGACUAGCCCUUGCGUCCUCUUUUGCGCAUUCAAACGACAUUCCCCCCCCUGAGACACAAUGGCUUCUACCAACUACAAGGAGGCGUUCUCCCUGUUCGACAAGCGCGGCAACGGCCGUGUUGCCCUCGACAGCUUGGGUGACCUGCUCCGCGCUUGCGGCCAGAACCCCACGCUCGCCGAGAUCCGCGAGCUCGAGAAGAACGUUGGUGGUGAUUUCGACUUCGAGACCUUCCAGCGCGUCCUCAACCGGCCAGGUGGCUUCCGUGAUCCCGGCGAGCCCGAAGAGUACUGCCGCGGUUUCCAGGUGUUUGAUAAGGACAUGACGGGUUUCAUCGGCGUUGGACAGCUCAAGUACAUCUUGACAAACCUUGGCGAGAAGAUGACGGACGAGGAGGUAGACGAGCUCCUCAAGGCCGUUGAUACUAGCUCCGGCCAGGUGAACUAUACCGAGCUUGUCCGGACCAUCCUUGCCAACUAAAAUAUUGAGUAGAGGUGGUACGGAAUGAUGACGAGGGAAACUGGGUUUGGAGGUCAAACAUCAUGGGGCAUAGUCGAAUAGAAAUCGCGGGACAAAUCCGUCCACGGAGAAGGCGUCAUAUACCAUCUAUUACAGGGAAAUCGCAUGUGUUAUAAUCCAGGCAGGCGUCGGAGUCUUGAUAAGAUAUGAAUUUGGACAUAUCAUUUACCGGGAACUGAAAGGCUUUCCGGACGUGUGUCUUAACC